AGAUGUUGUAGUUGCUAUUUAUUGAAUGCAAAUAACAACAUAUCAACAUCACAUCAAAUCCCAGCAGAAAAUGUCACCCCAUUAUGUAGUCCCGUUGAACAACACAACACCAUUACAGAUAGUCUAACGUAUUGUCCUCAUGCUAGUAAAAUAUAUAAUCAAGUGCUGCUGGAAUGUAAAUAUCUAAAUAAAAACGUUAAAUGUUUAUCAAAAACGGAUACGAAUGAUAAAUGCAAUGAUAAAAACGUAAGAGCCUUAGGAGACGAAGUUGUAGGUAAUUUGUCUCAAACACCAAGAACUGCUCAAUCUAGUCAAAAUGCUGAGGAAGCGAUUACAACUAAAUGGCCUCCUGUCAUCAUUAAUAUUAUAGAUUCGGACAAUAUUCAUGUUUGCAUGUGUUCACAAAUUUCUAAUGAAAAUAAUGUAGAUAGUGUUGAUUCUGUAGAGGGCACUAUAUGCCCAGAAUGUCAAAACAUUAUAAAAAAACAGCCAGCCGAACCAAGAUAUCGACUUAUUUCGAAACGCCUAAUGCUCUCUAACAAUAUUAUUGUAAAUCGUAUUGACACUCAACAUCUGAGCACGUAUUUCGAUAUUUCCCAGAAACGGCAAGACCCGUACACGCCUGAAAGUGCUGAGUCGCAUUCUCCAUGCCCAGAAAUGAGUAGUUCCACUUCCACAUCAAGUAACAGUAGAAGUCCAGCUGCGGAUAGUCGACAAUUGUUGGAUGCAGAUUCCAAUAAAGUAGAUUUACAACAGCAUGCUUUGUCCGAUCUGAAUAUUGAGGAUGUCAAGUUGCACAUAAAGAGUACAAAACACAUGGAAGGAGUUGUCAAUUGCGAUGAUGACGUUAAAAAACAACAGAGGGGAAUUGUAUCACCAGUUCAGCUAAAAUCUCGGCUCGAAGACUUGCAGAAAAAAUCUUCAAUACAAAACUUGAAAUUCAAAAGUAAGAGGGAUGGUGACACUGCUGGGGAUAGUGAUGUUGAAGAUGUUGAUGAUAUUUGCCAGUCGACCAACGCAGCUGUACAGCAGUAUCCAAAUAGUUGCUUGCCCAAAUGUUGUAAUAUUCACUAAAUGUUGUGUUAAUUAUAUGCAUUAAGGUGGCAAUAAAAAAAUCAAAUUUGCAUUUCUGAACAACA